CCCGGUGUGCGGCGUCGCUCAGGAAGCGCCAGGCCUCAGGUAGAUUAACUCUGGCGUCGUGAGUACAUUUUAAUACACAUUGAUUCAAUUUGAUAGCCCUCAGGUCACGUGACGCACACACCGGCAGAUCGGCACAGACUAGCUCAAAAUAAAAACCUCAAAAAAAAAAAUAAAAAAACUUUCCGAAUUUCAGUUUUUGUUUGUCUCUUCUGAAAGGUGUGGGAUACAUCUCAGGGACAAGAUGAACAGUUUGAUGACGUGUCUUGUGGUCUGAUGGUCAGCUCAUGGUCAAGGUGAAGAACAGACUCAGCCAGGAGCUAUGAAACGACAACAUUAAAACAAGAAUGGGCCUGUACAGGACCUUCAUUAGUCUACUUUUGUUUUCCACAAUGUGUCUCAGUUUCAUUUAUCUCAUGCAAGUGAACGAUAUGGAACUUAAUGCCCGACAGGUGGACUAUGGGAAUGGAAGCCGAUCUACAAAAAAUAGCGAAAGUUUAGCAGAUCAUGAGGGUAAAUACUUCGAUGGCCCUAGAGAACUGCAUACACAAAGUCACUGGGCGCGCGUUCCAUUCACAACGUUGACAGACAGUCUCCAUGCAUUCGGUGUUUACCUGGAUGACAGAUACCGGCCCAACUAUUUUCUGAGGAUUCUCAUUCUCCAAAGAGGUAAUAACCCCACCGAAAGGCUGGCAUGCAAGGCUGACGGUGAAGCUUUCAACACUUGGGCCGAGAGGUAUGAAAUGUGUGAGAACCAUGGGAAAACAUACACAGGAUGGAUCUACUCAUGUCUGGUUACAUACAAUACAAAGCCAGACUUAAAGUCAGUGAUACUAAAUGUCUACAGCCAGAAUGGAUCGCUCAUCAACAGCCAACAGUUUGCAGUCACAUCACUAAGUCCAGAUUCCUCCACUUCAACCGAUAUUUCAAAUUUACACAGAAACAUCAGAAACUUGAGUUUUAAAACCAACUCAAACCUUGGGGUUUUAAGAUCAAAUCAAACUCUUCCGAUUCUUGGAUCACAGAAUCAAAAAACUCCUCCUAAACCUAAAAAUAAAGUCACUUUCAAGACAGAUCAAAGACCUGGUGUUUCUAUAGGUGUAUGUGUGCCACCGUUACACAGUAAUCUUUACAUUCAAAACUUGAUCGACUUCCUAGAAUUUUGUUGGAUACUGGGUGCCAAUAAAGUCUUUCUCUACAUCCAUGACCUCCCCACUGACUUCAUCCAUACACUCAGUUUCUACCUCAAAGACAAAACUCAUUUGUUUGAGAUCCUCCACUGGGAUCUGCCAGCAAACAUUCGACAAAAGUCAUACCAAGUCAUAUGGAACAAUGGUCAGAUACUGGCUGUCCAGCACUGUCUCUACCAAAACAUGGCCAACUUUGAUUGGCUCUUAUUUUUAGACAUUGACGAGAUGCUGAUACCGAAAAGUGUGUACAAUUGGCAGGAUCUACUGCCAACAGUUCUAAAAGGCAGUGAUGACAAUGUAGCAGCUCUGAGUUUUGAGAGUGCAUUUUUUUCUUGGGACUUUGACAGCCAAGUGAGUUCGCCUAUCAAAUACCUCCGACACCUUCACAGAACGAAGAGAACUACUGUCUUGCACUCCAAGCUUUUGAUUCAAGCCAAAAAUGUGUUUGAGGUGGGUAUCCACCACCUGAGCCGAGCAGUCACGGACUCCAUGAGAGUCAUCAGGGUCCCAGCGGAGGUGGCACUGCUCCACCACUACAGGGCCUGCAUUCAGAGUGACACUGAGUGGAUCCAGUGUGACCUUGUGAUCCAAGACACCUCAGCCCUCAAGUAUGAGACACAGCUGUCAGCCAGUAGAGAUCACAUAAACAGGCUGUCUCAGUUCACAUAAACAGGCUGUCUCAGUUCACAUGAACAGGCUGUCUCAGUUCACAUAAACAGGCUGUCUCAGUUCACAUAAACAGGCUGUCUCAGUUCACAUAAACAGGCUGUCUCAGUUCACAUAAACAGGCUGUCUCAGUUCACAUAAACAGGCUGUCUCGUUUCAUCAGAAAUUCUACCAGAGUGUGGUGAUUGAAACAGGCCAAUAUUCAAUAAGAUCAAAUACCCAAGUCAGUGCUGGCCUAUAUUCAAUAAGAUCAAAUGCCCAAGUCAGUGCUGGCCUAUAUUCAAUAAGAUCAAAUACCCAAGUCAGUGCUGGCUAAUAUUCAAUAAGAUCAAAUACCCAAGUCAGUGCUGACUAAUAUUCAAUAAGACCAAAUACCCAAGUCAGUGCUGGCCUAUAUUCAGUAAGACCAAAUACCCAAGUCAGUGCUGGCCAAUAUUCAAUAAGACCAAAUACCCAAGUCAGUGCUGGCCUAUAUUCAAUAAGAUCAAAUACCCAAGUCAGUGCGGGCUAAUAUUCAGUAAGACCAAAUACCCAAGUCAGUGCUGGCCAAUAUUCAGUAAGACCAAAUACCCAAGUCAGUGCUGGCCAAUAUUCAGUAAGACCAAAUACCCAAGUCAGUGCUGGCCAAUAUUCAAUAAGAUCAAAUACCCAAGUCAGUGCUGGCUAAUAUUCAAUAAGAUCAAAUACCCAAGUCAGUGCUGGCUAAUAUUCAAUAAGACCAAAUACCCAAGUCAGUGCUGACUAAUAUUCAAUAAGAUCAAAUACCCAAGUCAGUGCUGGCCUAUAUUAAAUAAGACCAAAUACCCAAGUCAGUGCUGGCCAAUAUUCAAUAA